AUGGGAAGGCGACCGCAAAUCAAGGGCUACAAGGCUGUUGGACGGUUCCAGCCGUCCCGCGCCUGUGCCCCCCGUCUUUACUUCUCGCAUUUUCUUUCGCUCCCGAUGGAGCUUCGUUGCCGAGUCUAUGACAAUCUGCUCCGUUCUCCCCAUGCCAUUGAUGUGUCGGGCACGUGGUACCAGAAGCCACGCCUCACGAUGUCCCUGCUCCGUGUGAGCAAGUCUGUCUCGGCCGAAGCUGCCGACUGGUUCUAUAGCGUCAAUACGUUCGUCUUGCUUGAGGACUGCGAUGCCAACACUCAAGAUGACAACGACAUCGAGAAAAGUGUCAUCUAUCCGUGGCUUCUGCUGAUCCAGAAGUAUGCCCCUUCGCUGCGCAGCGUCCAAAUCCGCAUCCGCAGAGAGCGACCCGUGAUGUACUACCGCGAGCUCCUCUCGAUGCUAGCGCACUACGCGCCCAACAUCACCCGCAUGGCGCUCGUGGCGGAGGGCCACCAGUUCAUCGACCUCCGCCGCACCCACUCGUCAGUCUUCCACUGGUUCUACAAGUGGCACCCCAACGAGGUCAUGGCGUUCAAGGGCACCUCGCUCUCGGGAGGCUUCGCCAGCGAGAUGCUGGCAUUCGAGAACCUGCGCCUGGUCGUGAUCGGCGGCAGACAGCCAAUCGAGGUGAUGGACAAGCUGUGCGCGCGCCUGGAGAAGUGCCGGGUCAUCGGCCUCGAGGAUUACAUAGCCGGUCGGGAGGCCUUCGACCUCUGGGAGACGGCCUGGCAUUUCCGCCGUGGCUUUGACAUCAACAAGUGGUACGAUGCCACGAUGGUGCGUGGAGACAAUGGCGAGCGGACCGUCAAGCAGACGGCCGAGGACGAUGAACAACGCGUGCGGAAUGAUUGA